AUGGCGGCAGCACUCACCAUCACGCAAGAAGAACUUAAGGCGAUUAUGCGAGAAGCAAUGCAAGCGGCAUUGUCUCAAGUUAAUCCAGCCACAACCCCUACGUUUAGCGCCGUCCCAGGAGGAGGAGAUCAGACCAAAGCAUGGGACCUAACGUCAGACAAAGGAAUGAAGUAUUUUGCACAAGCAACUAAAGCACCAGAUACUCUUUUUGAUGGUACAAUCGAAAAGCUACACCACUUCCUAGGGCUCGUCAAGAAGCGAGCAACGACCUACGGCAUGAUGUCAGUAAUUGGAAACAUCGGCGUAGGACGAUAA